UAUUAUAACAUUAUACUUGUCUGGUGGUAGUGGUAGCUAUUUCUUUCUUUAUUUUCUAUUUUCAAAAUAAUUAAUGUUCAUUACUUCCAUGCAUUAGAAAUAAGCUAGUUGUCAUUGCAGCCACUUGGAAGAAGUCAAAGUGGCCUUAUUCAAAUUCCAAACAGGAACGUGUAAGAACACACAUGCAGUUGUGUCUAUCUUGAAAAUAGUCCUGAAAUCCAUUUAAGUACUCCAUUUCCAUCAAUCUGUAUUUCAAAGAAGGAAAAUUAUGACUUUCCAAAAGGAGUACCUUGAUCUAUUUUUGGUCCCAAGUGGGUUGUUCAUCAUGUUUGCAUAUCAUCUCUUCCUUCUUCACAGAUAUCUUAAUCUUCCUCACACCACAGUAAUGGGCUUUGAGAACAAUGACAAAAUAGCAUGGGUUGAAAGAAUUAUGCAGAUUGAUAAAAGGGAUGUUGGCACAGCUUUAUCAGUGCUAUCAACCAACACAUCAGCAGCAACAUUCUUGGCAUCAGUCUCUUUAACGCUCUGUUCUCUCAUUGGAGCUUGGAUCGCAAAUUCUUCCACUAGCUUCCUGAAGAGUGAGUUAAUCUAUGGAGACACAAGGUCAUCUACCAUGUCUAUCAAGUACAUAAGCCUCCUAAUUUGCUUCCUCCUCGCUUUCUCGUGCUUCGUUCAGUCAGCAAGGAACUUUGUCCACGCAAACUAUAUAAUAAGCACCCCAGAUAGUGACAUACCUGUGAGAUAUGCGGAAGUGGCAGUAAUAAGGGGUAGUGAUUUUUGGUCACUUGGACUAAGAGCACUUUAUUUUGCUCUUAAUUUGCUCCUGUGGUUUUUUGGGCCAAUACCCAUGUUUGUUUGUUCCAUCCUUAUGGUGAUAGUCCUCCACUACCUUGACACAAAUACUACUCUAUUGCAUCAGCAUGUAUCUCCUUCUAAACAGAAGGCCAAAAGGGUGGUUGUCUGAAAUAUCCAAAGCAGCCAUGGCCCUUCAGCAUGAAUGAAAAGCAAAUAGAUUUUCAACAUAAAUUUUAUGUUCUUAGCUCCGUUCACUGCUUUGAACAAUAUAAUGUCUCGCCCUCCUUUUUUUUUUUCAUCUGGUCGACGUCAAUAUAGUUAUUUAACGUCUCUGCAACACAAGCCAGAUUUGCAUCCUAAACCAUGAGAGGAUGCUACUAUGUCUACGAACAGAGUGGAAUGCAGAAUCAUGGUCCUAAAUUCCAUUUUCAGUGCCAAUCACAAUGGGGCAAUUGUGUCAACAUCACAUUUAAAUGUUUUAUUCAUGAAUAAUAUGUUGCUUUUUUUUUUUUUUUUUUUGGCGUAUGAGAUCGAACAAGAGGAAGUUUGCUGUUUUUACAAGUCGUUAGAUAUAUGGCGAGCAAAAGAGGAGAAAACCACUAAUUUAGAAACAUUUUUACUGUGCCUUAUCUAGUUUGGAGGUAGGGAUUUUCUAAGAGCAUCCGUGGAAGUAGAUGUAAAAUUUUUGUCUAUUUUGCAAAAGGAUCUUACUUUUUUUUUUUUUUUUUUUUUUUUUUUUUUUUUUUUUUUUUUUUUUUUUUUUUUUUUUUUUUUUUUUUUUUUUUUUUUUUUUUUUUUUUUUUUUUUUUACGAAA